GCAGCCGGAGGAUGUGCGCGCGUCCGGCCGGCGCCCGCUCCAUUGUCUGCAGCCCGGGACUGGGCGGCGGGCGGCGGGGGGCGCGAGGAGGAGCGCGAGCCUCCCCCCCCACCGCACCCAUGGGCGACCGCACGGCAUGAUCCCAGGGGCAUGGGCAGGUCGCUGAGCGCCCAGCAUGGUGCAGCGAGGCCAGCGGGGCGCCGAGGCCGAGGCCGAGCCCGGGCCCGGGCCGGGCGACAAGAAGCUGCGGGUGGGGUUCGUGGGCAUCGACGGCGCGGCCGAUGGUCCGGCGGGCGGCCCUGGCCCCGACCCCUCCUGCACCCGGGACGGGGCGCUGCUGAUCGCGGGGGCCGAGGGCGGCGGGGUCCUGGGCAAACCGCGUUCCGGCGGCGCCAAGCGGCCCAGGAGGAAGGCGGCGUAUCGGAAGCUGCAGAACUUCAUGUACAACGUGUUGGAGCGACCGCGGGGCUGGGCCUUUAUCUACCACGCCUAUGUUUUUUUACUCGUCUUCUCCUGCCUGGUUCUGUCUGUAUUCUCCACCAUCAAGGAAUACGAGAAAGGUUCUGAAGGAGCACUCUAUAUUCUGGAGAUUGUCACGAUUGUGGUGUUCGGUGUGGAGUACCUCGUGCGGGUCUGGUCUGCAGGAUGUUGCUGUCGAUACAGAGGAUGGAGAGGCCGGCUGAAAUUCGCAAGGAAGCCGUUCUGUGUGAUCGAUGUGAUGGUUCUGGUGGCCUCCAUCGCCGUGCUCGCGGCCGGCACUCAGGGCAACGUCUUCGCCACCUCAGCACUGAGGAGCCUGAGGUUCCUGCAGAUCCUGCGCAUGAUCCGCAUGGAUCGCCGGGGAGGCACCUGGAAGCUGUUGGGAUCUGUGGUCUAUGCACACAGCAAGGAGCUGAUUACUGCCUGGUACAUCGGCUUCCUCUGUCUCAUCCUUGCCUCCUUCCUCGUCUUCCUUGCUGAGAAAGAUGACAACAAGGAAUUUGCAACCUAUGCUGAUGCUCUGUGGUGGGGGUUGAUCACAUUGACCACCAUCGGAUAUGGCGAUAAAUUUCCCAUCACCUGGAACGGUCGGCUCCUGGCUGCGACUUUCACUCUGAUUGGAGUCUCCUUCUUCGCCCUACCAGCAGGGAUCCUUGGUUCUGGAUUUGCCCUGAAGGUUCAGGAACAACAUCGACAGAAACAUUUCGAAAAACGACGGAAUCCUGCAGCGGGGCUCAUCCAGGCCGCAUGGCGCUAUUACUCCACCAGCCUGUGCAGGACUGACCUCCACGCCACCUGGCAGUGCUUUGAGCAGACCCUAACUGUCCCAAUGUACAGGUUGAUUCCUCCUCUCAACCAGCUGGACCUGCUGCGGAACCUCAAGAGCAAGUCGGGACUGACCUUCAGUAAACACAAACCCCGGCGUGAUUCCAUGUGUGGAAUGUGCUGCUCAGGAGACCCUAGCAACAAGGUCAGCCUGAGGGAGAGGUUCUCCAGCCCCAAGGGUCCAAGUGCCAAAGCCAAAGCCUCGGAGCAGGGAGGCGUGCGGCGAUCACCCAGUGCAGACAACAUUGAGGAGAGUCCUGACAAGGUGCAGAAGAGCUGGAGCUUCACCGACCGGACCCGCUUCAGGCAGGCCUUCCGCCUGAGGGGAGCGGGCUCGAGGCAGAACUCCGAGGAUCAAGGAAGCCUGCCUGAGGAGCUCAUCCCAGACAACAGGAGCUGCCAGUGUGAGUUUGUCACUGAUGACCUCACCCCUGGGCUGAAGGUUUCUAUCCGAGCGUUAUGCAUUAUGCGAUUCCUUGUUUCCAAGCGGAAGUUCAAGGAGAGCCUGCGGCCUUACGACGUGAUGGAUGUGAUCGAGCAGUACUCCGCCGGGCACUUGGACAUGUUGUCUAGGAUUAAAAACCUGCAGUCGAGGAUAGAUAUGAUUGUGGGUCCCCCACCCCCUUCAACUCCCCGGCAUAAGAAGCUUAAAGGAGUCCUCACCACUUCCAAAGAUUCAAUCCAAUACUCUCCUAGAGUCGACCAAAUCGUCGGCCGAGGUCCCCAGAUUCAGGAGAAAGACCGCUCCAAGAUUCCAGCGGAGACAGAGAUUCCAGAAGAUCCCAGUAUGAUGGGGCGGCUGGGCAAGAUGGAACGACAGGUUCACUCCAUGGAGAAGAAGCUAGACUUCCUAGUCAACAUCUACAUGCAGCAGAUGGGAAUCCCACAGUCGGAGAGCCAGGCUUACUUCAUCUCCAAAGAGCCAGACCCUGCACCACCGUACCACAGCCCGGUGGACAACAUGGAGCUCCUUGAGAAGAACACCAAUGCCAACAAGAGUGGCUGCCCGUGCACUGUGCUCAGACCCUUCCCCGGGCACACCGGGACAACACUGGCGCCCCAGGGCUGCCCGCCGUCAGCCUCCUCUCACCAACAUUCGGCCAAUGGCCUCAGCCGUCACAGCCAUGGCACGUUGACCUUUGUCACCUCGCCUGUGGGCGAUGGCACAGCUUUCAUCAGGAUCCCACCACCACCCUCCACCUCCCACGAUCGGAUGUCCAGCCACGGGGGGCCAGGCAGGGAACACGCCUGUAAGCGGCCAGAUGGGGCGCUGAGAGAGAGGGACAGCGACACAUCCAUCUCCAUCCCCUCGGUGGACCACGAGGAGCUGGAGCGCUCCUACAGCGGCUUCAGCAUCUCGCAGUCCAAGGACAACUUGGAAAGCGCUGGCCAUGGCCCUUACCCUGGUGUCAGCCCCUGGGCCAAGACCAGGCUGUACAUCGCUGAAGGGGAGAGCGACACGGACUCGGAAGCAUGCACCCCCUCCGGACCCCCGAGGUCCUGUACCGUUGACGGGGCCCAUUGCGACUUUGCAUGGAUUUCAAAAUAGACAACAUGGUGUGGUUCAGCUUGGGGUGUGGGAGGGCGGGGGGAGUAAGUCCUCGCUUGCGUGGGGUGGGGGAAGCCACACUGCUCCAAGUUUGAGGGUCAGUGCGGCCCCCCAUCCCUGAGUGUCCUGACCGCACGCUGCAGCCUCCACCCCGCCUUCCGAUCACCCCUGGGGUUCUCGACAGACUCCCCAUGGACCGAACCUCCCUGCCCUGCGCCAGGCGGGCACAUCCCAAUCCCACCGUCCGAUCCUCCGCCGCCUGCCCGGGAGUCCGACUACUGAAUGUACCUUUGGCACCUCCGCACCACCACGUAGGGGUGGUGGUUGCGGGAUAGGGGCGGGGUUGGGGGGAGAAGAACAGUGGCGAAGUUUCCGGGGAAACCCGAAAGCACGGAUCAGCCGGAGCUAAAGGUAAGGUUAGGGAACUGGAGCUGGAAGAUUCUCCCGAGAGGAGGAAGAGGUGGUGAAGCAGCUCCUAUAGCCGUCUCAUCGUCUGACGUUCCUACAUUCCUGAGUAUCUUUGACCUUAGUAACACAUUUAAAAUGCAGGUUGGAUAGCAUCUGCGGAGGGAAAUAAGUAGUUGAUGUGUUCAGGUUGAAACCCUGCAUCAGAUUGUCAGACCGUUGUUAUACCUCAGCCCGAAACAUUGACUUGAUUCUCCUCUGUAGCUGCUGCCUGACCUGAGUGCCUCCAGCAUUUUGUGUGUGUUAUUCUGGACUUCCAGCAUCUGCAGAAUCUCGUUUACUUUUGACCUUAAUCAUGUUGGAUAUGCUUCAUUGUAAAAUGCUUCAGUUGAAGGUUGUGGGGAGAGUGAAGUUGCGGCUACAACUCUGUACCCAGGCUGCCUCUCCCGGACGGUUUAUACAGUGGCUGUCCCUGUGAGAUCCCGUGGGGCUCUGGUCAGGUGUUAAUGAAGGUCUGGAACAGACCACUCUGUCCAGAGUCCAACUUUCCCUGGCCCAUAAGGAACACAAGGGUUAACCCCCUACACCUGUCCCUGUCCCAGAACAGACUUGUUAAUAUAUCUGUUCCUCCCCUACCCCACCAUCCCUGUCCCAGAACUGACUGUUAAUAUCUUAGUACCCCCCCCCAGCAAAUUUAGCAUCUUAUUUAAUGUAUUUGACUCUAAUUCAGUCCUCCCAAUGGUCAGCUAGACUCUAACCUGAUGGCAUGAACAAUUAUGGGGAUUGGCCCAGUCUGGCCUCUUCCCUCUUCUCACCUACUCCUGGUGGCCCUCCUUCCCUUUCUCCCACAGUCCACUCUCUUCUUUUAGAUUCAUUUCGCAGCCUUUUACCUUUACACCUAUCAUUUCCUAGCUUCGUGCUUAACCCCUUCUCCCCCCUGGCUUCAUCUAUCACUUCUAGCUUGUCCCCCUUCACCUCCUUUUCCUGCCAUCUUCCCCUUUCCAGGUCAUCGACUGUUUAUUCCCCUUCAGCCUGACUCGCUGAAUUCCCCCAACAUUUAGUAUGUGUUGCUCUGGCUUUCCAGCAUCUGCGGAAUGUCUUAUGUUUAUGGUCAGCUAUCCAUCCUAUCGUUGUGAGUUCGACACGGGCCGCCCCUUCUUUGCCACACCGUCUUCAACGUUAGUUUUGACAAAAUGUGCAGAUGCUGGAAGUCGAAAGAAACACAGUCAGAAUGGGGGAGGAGCUCAGCAGGCAAGUCGCUUCUAUGGAACAGAACAAUCAGCCGACGUUUCGA